AUGGGUCGGCCCGGUCCCGUCGCAUGGCCGAGCGCGCGCUGGACGGCCGCGAAGCUGUGUCUCGCGCGCCUCCCGGACGAGGUGCUGAUUCUCAUCAUCGAAAACUGCGACAUCGACGCCCUGCUGCAGCUGCGCCUGACCAGCCGCGCCUUCCGCAGCCUGAUCGCCACCUACGAGAGCACCAUCGUGCAGGAGGUCGCCCGCACCACCUUCCCCGGCUGCAAGCUCAUCCUGCGCCCGCCCGAGGACCAUGAUCUGCUGAAGUCGCCCUACACCCUGCACUGGCUCACCGGCCUGAUCCCGCGACACCUGGCCGCCAUCGUCGUCGACCGUCACCGCUACUGUGGCACCCCGCUGCCCGCUCUGGACGGCGUCCCGGCCGAGGACGAGAUUGGCGACGAAAUCCGCGCCCACAUCGCCCACGGCUUCAGCAUCCUCGAGACGCUGUCGCUGAUCGCCCAGGAUGUCGAAGACACGCCCGACUCCAAGAUCGAGUCCAAACUGCCUCCUGAACUCGUGGCCCGCGGCCCGCCAGCCCCACGCUGGCGAAAAUACACGCCCAACCGCGUCUAUCGCCAGACGAAGCGCGCCCUGUGGUCGUGGCGCCGCCCGCAGGAGAGCGCCGAGAAGAAGCGGCGCGCCGCGCUGCAGCGCCGCCAGGACCUGAUCACCGCCCUGCAGUGCAACUUCAUCCACAAGCGGAUGACGCCCGACGAAGCAGCCGACUUCGACGCCAUGUGGACCGUCCUGCGCAUGGCCUUUCAGCACCACCGCUACUUCAACAUCGGCGUGCCGCUGUUCGACUGGGGCAAGCCCGACCGCCGCGAUGUCUUCUGGGGCAACUCGUGGGUCAAUUGGUACGUCCUGCGCGCCGGCGCCUCCUUCUGGUGGCGCAACUACUGGCUCAAGAGCAUCCGCGUCGCCGCCGCUGGCGGCUCCACCUCCACCGGCCAUCUGCUGCUCGAAGACUUCACCAAGCCCAGCACCGGUAGCAAGAGGAAGCGAUCCAAGGGCGGCGGCGGCGGCGGCGGCGGCGGCGAGCAACAGAAGGAUACGCGCCCCACCGGCUGGGCCGAGAUCAACCUGGCCUGGCACAUCCGGACCCGCGAGCAGAUCGAGAUCGAGCGCGCCGGCGCCGAGGAGGUUUUCGCCACCAUCCGCCAGCGCAUGAAGGGAGCGCACGUCGUGCGCCUACCCACGUUCGACGAGUACCGCGCCAUGGUGCGCAGCUUGAGGGGCGAGGGCAGCACCACCGCCAGCCAGGACAAGGACGACCCUCUCAAACGCUACUGCGCCACCAUGACCGUGCUCUGA